AUGCCAAUGGCCAAAAGUGGCUUGUUCGUAACCAGUUCGUCAUCGAUAAAACCGAGUGGCGUGUCAUUUAUUUCAGAUGGCUUGGUUAUGGAUGGCAUUUUGAGAGUGUAUGGCCAAUUGCCAGUGUUGGCCACUGUGGCAUUAGAUGGGAAAGUUUAUGGCAGUGGACAAGGUGCGGUGUCGUAUGAAAAUGGAAACGUUAACAAUUUUCUUGGCCUCAAUGUUCUCAAUCCUAAGGGGAAUAGUCAAUUCAUAAGAAAUCCAUACAAUGCUGGCUAUUCUAACGAUUUAGCUGCAAAUAUAGCUGCCGAAAAUCUGGCGUACUCACAAGCUUAUGGACCAAUUCCCGCCAAUGCCUUGGCAUAUGGGCCAACUGAAGCCAAUGCUUUGGCGUAUGGUGUUCCAAAUGUGCCUUUGGCGUACAGUGCAACCGCGCCAAACUUAGCCAUCCCGCCAAUUGAGUUAGCAUACGAAGUUCCGAUUAUUCCAACAGGUAUAAACUAUGGUUUAUCCUUGAAGGAGUUGAGCGCAUCUAAUGGUGGAGGUUUGAGAGUGAGAAGCUCCUCAUCCAUACCAGCUAGUGGUGUGACAGUUGAAACCGAUGAUAUGUUGAUUGAAGGUCCAUUGGCUGUUAGUGGCCAAUUGCCAUUCCUAGGUGUUGUUGCUCUGGAAGGACCUCUGGUUGCUGCUGGCAGUGGUUCCGUAGCUUAUGGUUGCGGAAAUGGUGAUAUUGGAAUCGUCACUGAAGGUGUAGACCAACCAGCCCAAGCUUAUGCCAAUGCUCUGCCAAGAUAUGCCAAUGGCCCUUGCAUGAAUGGCGGCCCAGGUAUUGGACUGCCUCCGGCUGUAUAUUAA